UCCCUGUGUGGGACAUUACUUUAUCUCAGGUUUCAUAAUAUAAUGAACAGUUUAUCUAUGAAGUGUUUGUGAAGAGGAGUACAAACUUAUGUAAUCUAAAUCAUAUACAUGCAAUGCAUUGAACAUUUUAAACAUUUUGCAUUGCUUUGAAUAAAAAUGGCAAGCAGGCUGUCAUUCAAAACCAAGAAAUAUUCAAGGAACUGUUGACGGUAACAUGAAGUAAAAAGAAUGACGCAUUUAAUGCUUUAACUUUUUGUGUUGAUUGUGAACAAUUCUAAUGGAUAAUAUUGCAAGGAGUUUCAAAAUGAAAACAAGAUUUGCUAGACUGAUAAGGUUACUGUUCAGAUUAGUGUGUGUAGGUUUGUUGCUCCUAUGUGUGGUAAACCUGGUUACGUUUGUGCAAGACCGUUUCCGGUCACGAUAUAAUGUACAGCUCCGGUCAAAUAUUUCCGGUCAAGGAAGACUUGUAAACAACCACAACAUUCUACAAGAGCAUCCCUACUCCAAUAAACCGCUAGAGAAACCUAACAUUCAACAAUCAGAAAAUCCUUCUUUGUAUCUCCAGUCGGACAGAUUUGAUUUGAUAUUUAAAAUGGUUUAUGCGUAUUUCUAUGUGUUUAAGAAACAUGUGCCACAAGCAAUCGAAUAUGCGUACACAGAACAUAUUCGAGUAUGGAAUGAUUUCAAAGAAUACUGCUCGGAUCAAAAUAAAUCUUGGUUUGAUAUGAAAUUUUCGUGUAAAGACAAAAUGAAUAAAUUCGACUUUAUGUCGUCAUUCCACAAGACCAUAGAUACAACUAAGGAAAAAGGAUUUAAUUCUAGUUUAUCAAGAAUACCCAUAGACAAAAAUGGCUUCCUUCUAAAUGGUGCACAUAGAAUUGCAACCUCUAUUAUUUUGUCACAAAAUGCAAGUUUUGAACAUUUUGAUUACUCACGACGAUUCAAAUGGGGAUACGAGUUUUUUCAAAAUUUGAAACUUUCUGAAACUCGUAUUAUGAACAUGGCCAUGCUGGAAUGGAUGAAAAUCCAAAUAAAUCUACCAGAGUUGAUGUCGCCUGUUUCUAUUGUUUCUGUAUUUUCGAAUAAUGAAUUGAAAGAUAAAGAAAUGAGAAAUAUAGUAAGGGAAAAAUGCUCCCGAGAUAACGGCAUUUUAUAUGAACAGAGAAUUAACAUUGGACAAAAUGGCGCACGCGAAUUAUUCACACAUAUGUAUGGACAACAACCGUGGCUGGACGUGAAAAUUAAACAGAUGCAAUCGAAAUUUACAAAAUAUUUCAGUGCCUUAUUCCUCUUUGUUUAUGCCAGGGACAGCAAGGAUCUAGUUCAAUGUAAAACUGAAAUCAGAAAUCUUUAUAAUGACAAAAUAUUUAAAUCAACAGCUCAUAUACCGGAUAACUUGGAAGAAAAUUUAAUUCUAGCAGAAAUGAUUCUAAAUCCAAAUUCGGUACAAUUUAUGAACGAUGCAAAAGAUGCGAGUGAUUGUAAAUUAAUCGCAACAGAAAUCGCUAGUCGAACCUCGCAAGUGUCAAUCAAAACACUUCCUGGAAUAUAUCUUGGCAGAGAAGACGUCAUGGUGGACUCCGGAACAGUUCUUGGCUUUUUUGGACUCCGAAAACGGACAGAUGUGGACCUUUUAUUUUCAAAUGAAAUCGAUAUGUCCAUUUUGGGAAAUAAGAAUGGAAUGUCAAUUCAAGUACAUGCUUUCAAAAAUAAUUCAAUAUCUAAUGAACGUCCUUGGGGUGAAGAUCAUUUUAAAGUCAGUGGAGUUAAAGACAAAUGGGAUUUAUUUUAUGAUCCUGACAAUUACGGUUAUUGUUAUGGUAUAAAAUUUGUGUCACUUAAACAGUUGAUCCGGUAUAAAACUGUGAGAAACGAGCCGAACAAGGAUAUGCGUGACGUUGAACUUAUAAACAACUUUUUAAAUACAACGAAGUCAUAGCAAUAUUGCAAUUUUGGUAAUUAUUUAUGAAGUCAUAAAAAAGAAAUCAAAGCUUAUUCUGGUAUUGCAAUAAAUUAUAAGAAUCUUUUGAAAUAUUUAUAAAAACCGUUUCUUGUGUCAAGGGGGUUGGGGGAAUCCAGUAUCUUUUAUUUCAGUUGGACAACAUUUGAAACGUUUUUCAUCAUUUAAAACUGAAUAAUACUGCUUAUCUUGUAUGCAUUGUUAAUGACUGUUAAUGUGUGUACCAUUAACAUUUUAGCACAUGUACGCUAUAUAAUUGGUGAAAU